AUGGCUGUAACAACUGAUGACCACGAUCCAAAAACAGAGCCUGCUGACAUCCUAGCAGCAGAGCAAAAGAAGGAGGAGAAGAACAAGGCCAGAAAGGCGAAGAAGGCCGAGGAGGCUCAACCUGAACAAGCGAAUUCAAUAAGAAGUAAAGAUCAUCAUAAUAGGCAACUUCUUGCUCGGGCAAAGAUGGUGUCAACUAGUAGUGUUAGUGCCUCUAGAAAAUCUGAAGUUAAAGGCCGUCAACCGAGUUUGCAGUCUCAUCAAGCCCCGAAAUCUCUUGUUGAAGCGGCUGUAACUCCCUUUCCUAUUGCGAUGAUGGCGUCAACCCAAAUCCUCAAGAUGGUGCCUUUUGCGGAGAGGGUGCCAAUUCCAGUCCUCAAGAUGGCGUCAGUGAGUAAAGGCAACAACAAUGCAGAUGCUGAGACUGCUACUCUUCCUGUUGUUGACGAAAUCAAUAAUAUCAUCAACACUGUCCCUGAGACCAAUCAAUUUGCAGAUGUAAUGAACAUCAAUAAGGAGGAGCUUGGAGUAGUUUCCGGGGCAAAGAAUAAUGAUGAUGAAAUAUCUGAAGCAAGAGGAAAUGAGGUUAUUAGGGAAGAAGAGCAGGAAGAGUUAAAUGCUGAAACAAUUGUUCCUGGCUCUACUGCUACUACUAAUGUGAUUACUAGUGUUCCUGUCCAGGAGGGAAGUAAUAUCAGCAAUGUCCCCGAGGCCAAUCAAUUUGCAGAUUUGAUGAACACGAAGGAAGGCCUAGUAGUUUCCGAGGACCAGGCAAAGAACAGUAAUGAUGUUGCUGAAGAUAAACUUGAAGUAAGGAGAAAAAAGCUUGCUGAGGCAAAUCAGAAUGCCUCAAAUGCAGAAGCAACCAAGAAGACAGAAAACCAAGUACAGAGGCAGAAAGCCGAAGCCAUAAGAAAUGAAGGAUAUAACAUGUUUUCUCUUCUUCUUGAAGAAUCAGAAAAUGAGCAGGAGCAGGACAUAGAGGCCAAGAGAGUAGAGGAAGCUGCAACCACAACCGAAGAAAAUCCUUGUGGAAGUGAGUCUGAGAAGGAGCAAGAGGCAGAGGCCAAAAGAGUUGAGGAAUCUGCAAUUACAACUGAAGAAAAACCUCACGAAAGUUGGUUUGAAGCCGAAAGUAGUUGGGAGGAGCAAAACAUGGAGGCCAAAAGAGUCGAGGAAGAUGCAGCUGCCAAGAAGAAAACAGAGAAGAGGAAAAGGAAGAAGAAAAGUAAGGCAGAGAAACGUAAUGAAAGUUGCCCAUCAAUUGGUGUUCUUUCUUUGGCAUUGGUAUGCCUUCUGAUUUACAGUUUUCUUCUAUAG